AUGGCCGCCCAUUACGACGCUAUCAUCAUCGGCUCUGGCCAAAGCGGCAACCCUGUCGCUAAAGCCUUUGCCAAUGCCGGUCACAAGACAGCCGUCAUCGAACGCACGGCACUGGGCGGCACUUGUGUCAACGUUGGAUGUACACCUACAAAGACCAUGAUUGCAUCUGGACGAGCGGCCUACAUGGCCAGACGAGGUAAAGAUUAUGGCGUACAUGCAGGAAACGGCAACUUUGAGAUCGAUAUGGCUCGUGUGAGGCAGCGUAAGCGUGCAAUCGUCGAGCAAUGGAACUCGGGUAGUGUCAGAGGUCUGAAUGCAGCGGGAGUGGAUGUCAUUAUGGGAGAGGGAAGUUUUGUGGGAGAUAAGAAAGUCAAAGUUGUGUUGAAUGAUGGGGGUGAGAAGGAGGUUAGUGCCGACAAGAUAUUCAUCAACGUGGGUGAGAGACCAUCGCGACCAGAGAUUUCGGGUCUAGGUGAUGUUGAUCCAGCACGAGUUCUCGACUCAACCUCUAUAAUGGAGCUUGACGAGGUCCCAGAACAUCUCGUAGUGCUAGGCGGCGGAUAUAUCGGCCUUGAGUUUGGACAACUCUUUCGUCGCUUGGGCUCUGAAGUGACGGUUAUUCAGAGGGCGAAGCAGCUUGUGCGGCGUGAGGACCCUGACAUAGCCGAAUGCCUUUACGAUAUCCUUCAACAGGAUGGCCUCACUGUACACUUGUCGAGUACAGUAAAUUCAAUCUCAUCCACCGCAGACUCGAAGACUUCUUUUGUGGUAAACGUCCAAACUACAAAUGGUCAGACUGACGUCGCUGGAUCGCAUAUUCUGUUGGCUGCUGGGCGGGUACCUAACACCGAUCGACUCAACCUUUCCGAAGUUGGUAUUAAAACGACGACCAAGGGACAUAUAGUGGUGGAUGACAAGUUACAAACUUCAGCUUCUGAUGUUUAUGCCCUGGGCGACUGCCACGGCGGUGCUGCAUUCACGCACAUGUCGUAUGAUGAUUCUCGCAUCAUUCGCACAAACCUCUUGCCAAAGAGCAUGACAUCCACGACUCCAGCCAUGCCAACGACGCAGUCUUCGGUUUCGAGAGUACUGACGCCUUAUGUUAUGUACACAGAUCCGCAGCUCGGUCAUGUCGGACUUCACACUCGCGAUCUCUUCAACAGUAAAAGAGAGGUCAAAAUUGCCAAGAUGCCGAUGAGCUAUGUUGCAAGGGCCCUGGAGACAGCAGAGCCACGCGGAAUGAUGAAGGCGGCUGUUGAUGUAAAGACUGGAGAGAUUCUUGGUUUCACAUGUUUGGGUCUUGAAGGGGGUGAGAUAAUGUCGAUUGUGCAGACUGCUAUGAUGGGUAACUUGAAGUGGUGGGAUUUGGAGGCAGCUGUAUAUGCUCACCCGACCCUGGCCGAGAGUCUGAACAACCUUUGGGGACAUCUAGAAUGA